AUGGAGGAAGAUGAAGACGACAGCGAUGACGAUGCCACAUCUUCAAUCGAGGAGGAGGGCCCAGAACAAGGCUCACAAGAAAUUCAACAUGGAGACACGAGUAUAAGAAUGGAGCAGCUUGAACAUAGCAACAUCAAUUCAUCAAGUCAACCGGCCAUGCCAAAUGACGCCAAUCUGCUCCUCGACGGUGCCGAUGAAUUCGAACCAAUGAUCGAUGAAGAUCAACAGCAACACAACCAUCAACAACCAUGA